CCUCGGCCGAUCGGCUAGCCCUCGCCAGGAUGGAUGAAAACUCCCUUGAAGCCAAGAUUCUUCUGAGCAGUGCCUCCAACUUCAUCGGCCUCUGUGAGUACCUCCGGAGGGUGGAGCAGAUGAGGGGGGCCAAGAGUGCUGCUGAUGGGGAAGUUGCCAGUCUUAAAAAGAAGCUGGAUGAGGCCGAGGAUUCCCUCCGCGUGGCUACUGAUAGCUUGGAGCGGCGGGUGCAAGUUGCGAAGGCCGAGGGGAAGAGCGAGGGCCUGACUGAGGCCGGGGAGGCAGCUGCCGAAGCCGCACGUGUUGCUGCUGAGGAGGCCCAGACGGCUAAAGAAGAGGCCGUCGUCAAGGCCAGGGAAGAUGUUAUGGCCGCCUUUACUGCCGAGGGGUGGAAGGCAGAGGAGCGGAAGGAGUGGUUGUCCUCGGUGGUGGAGGCUUCUGUGGAUGCUUGGGUUGGAGGCCCCGGUAAAAUGUGGCUCGCUGAGAAGGGUGACUCCUAUUAUCAAGGUGGAGAGUUUUUUACCCAGCGCCUCAUCUACCGAAAGCUUGCCAGGCACUUCAACAUUUCGCCGGAGGAGUUCCAUCCUAAAGCUUAUGGCCUUCCCCCCGGCAGCCAGACGUCAGGGUCCCCCUCCCCGAAGGCGAAGAGAGGCCGGUGCUCGAAGAUUCAGA